CAGAAGACGAAGACGAAGAAGAGGAAGGGGAGGUGAAGAGGGAGAGAGAGAGAGAGAUAGAGAUAAAGGGAGAGGGGAAUCAGAAGAGGGGAGGUCCAGAGAUCCGCCUAUAACGUCCGCAGAUCUGACGGCUGUCGCUCAGCGAUUCAGUUCACGAAUCGGCGCCGGUUUUGUCAGUGCCGCCGGCGGUGAUUUCAAGGCUAGAAGAAGAAGAGGAGGAAGGGGAAGAAGAAUCAGGAUUUGAAGAUUUGUGCGAGGAUUUGUUGUGUAAAUCGUGGAAGGUUUUCGAUCGCUGCGAUUUGGUAAAAGAACAGGUAUACAAAACCCUAGUUAGCUCGCUUUUGAUUUCUACACUUUUUUAUGGUUGUUUUUCACGGCAUCGUUGAGGAUCCGAGGUUUUUGAUCGUCUCAAGCUCAGCUCUAGUGUGAAACAUAUUGAAACAGUGAGGUUUUCUUUGAGGAUUCAAAGACUUCUCAUGAAGAUUUACAGGAGAACUUCGAUCUAAAGAGGAAGAAGCGGCCGCAGAGAUUUUAUUUAAUUUUUUGGAUUUUUAAUAAAUUAGGGUUCUUGAUUGACUUAUGAUUGCAGUUUUGUUGAAGGCGGCACAGAACUGAAUCAAUAGAUAUAUACACGUGUGUAUAUAUAUUAGGGGAAAGGGACGAAUUGUUAGAUGAUUUGUUAGGGUUUUAAUCAGGAUCUAUGAAGGUGACAAAGGGUGCUGAUGCAUCUUCAACAAUUGUUUUUAGAACGAGUUCUUAUAUUAACUCGUAUUUUUGCUAUUGGACCUGUAAGUUAAGGGCAGUAUCUUGUAAUUUCAGAAGCUCUAUGUCCUGUUUUGUGACUAAAGUGGACUUCAAAACUCAAGCUUCGCCUUUGCAGAAAAGGGCCAGUUUUUAUGCUUUGGACGAGUUUAGGAAAUUGGGGCUUUUGGAGUUCCCAACAUAAGGACUGGAGAUUUUGAAGUACAAGAGUUGCUUGGAGAAUGACCAAUUUGAAGAUUAUAUCAACAUGAUUGAUUGUUAAGAUUGUUUUUCAAGGCUAGAUUUGGACGUGAAGAGAUGGCUUCAGCCCUUGUUGAGGGUUUUCCUUGUUGGUUGGGGCAGUGAUCAGUUGGCACGGUUGAAUGAAAAUUUUGAAGUAAUAUUUUAGAUAACUUUGCAGACUUCUUUGCCGAAAUCUGAAGUAAUAAUAAGAAUACUCUUAUUUGGAAACUAAUGUGUUUCAACUGGAACUGAACUCUUUCAGAGUUACUCUUGGCUGUUAAAUUUCACUCAUUGGAGUGAUGAACACAUUGUGUUUGUCCUGUUUUUACAUGAAGUAUUUCAUUGUCCUUAUUUAUUUGUUUGCAAAGAAGCCCUAAUUCCGAAUAUUAGGAAUCUGCUGUGUUGAAAGCUACAAUGUGAAGAAGUUUUUGCAGGCCUUCAAAACUGGUUAACACUAUCUGCCCCAAGGUGAGGUGGCACUCUGAAUCCUGCUGACUGUCUGCAAAGAAUCUAUACACUUUCUCAAACGAGCACAAUUGAGGGGUCUGAAUCAAAAACGUUAGCCCUUGAUUCUGGAGUUAAGCAGAGAGCACAUAGCAAAGGCAUCCUGCAAAACUUGUGGUGGCAUACCAUUAGUUAAUGGGAUAGGAUCCCCAUCUGCAAGCAUGAUGGGUACUGUGGGCCUAGAACUUACGAAUUUUAUAAAUCCUGAAUUGACUUGGAAGACGGUGGCAAAAGGAAACAGGAGUGCAUCGAGGCGCUCUAGGAAGCCAGCCUCUAGAAACUCAAAAAUGGGUGCUGGCCAGGCUGAUAGGAGCCCCAAGAAAACAGAGAAUGGCUCAGUUUCCGAAUCUGAGAAGCUUGGUGUUGCUGUUCUUGGGAGACGCUUCAGUGAUAAAGUAGAGCAUGUACCGAUUAAGAAAAGGAGAUUUAUGUUUCAGUCUCCAUCACCACCCCCACGAACCCCUUCUCCUCCCCAUGAGGAUUCUGAGCAGCUUGUAGAUAGUCAGCAUUCUUCAAGUCAGCAGUCUAGUUCAAAUUCAAUUUCCAAGCAACAAAUCAUGGCAACUCAUGCUUCUAAGUUUAUUCACAGUGUAGAUGUAGUUGUUGAUGGAAGGAUUUCAGAGGUGACAAAUGAAGAGAUUGGCGAUGGUGAGGACUUUUCAGGCAUUGAGAUGCUUGCAGCAGCUGCUUGCAAUAACAGCAUGGGUGAUGAUGUGAUGGAAUCAACUACUGAGGAUGGUCCAGUUUUGACAUGUGAAGGAAACAACUCAUCUAUUUCUGCAAUGCCUAUAAAAGAAACUGUUGCAUCCCCUGCAACAGCCAAUACCUUCCAAAAAGAUGUGGCAAUAGAAGAUAAUAUAGAGGGCUCAUUUUCUCAGGAUAAUUCAGUGGCUGUCUUGCAGAACCUUCAUAGUGACAAGGAUGAUGGGGCAUUGAAAAGGUCCGCUUCUUCACGAGAUGAUAGGUUACACUGGGACUUGAAUGUUGUGAUGGAUGCAUGGGAACAACCUGAUGAUUAUCAAGUUGUUGAUUCUCAGACAAACAUUUCAGCAGUCUCUGAGGAUGGAAAGCAGCAGAGUGAGAAGCUGGAUAAUUUGGAAGAUUGCCAGAUACCGAACUCUGGAGAUAUUAAAACAAACAUUGAAACUACAGCAAAAUCUAUGACUGACACUGUGGCUUUAGCUGAUGUAGAAGGCGAUAUCAACAUGGCCUCAGACUCGAGAUGUGAGGGUCUUAGGACUUGUGAUUCUAACACAGAAGAACAUAAGUUGGAAGCAUGCUCCACAGCUAACACAACCUGCUCCCAUGAAAAAGGUAUUCCUACUCCAACUGAACAUGCUCUGGAGUCCACAGUAGUUGAUGUUUCUGAUGCUAAAGCUUCUGAGGAAGUGAUAAUGGAUGCAUGCCUCAUGCAACCUGCCAGCCCCAGAUCACGUCAUAUUGGAAAUGCACAGAUAUCUGAUGAAAACAGAAAUACAGCAAUUAGCGGUGUUAUUGUGGAUCAGAGCAGAGAAGAUUGUACUUCUGAUGUGCAAUUGGAUAAACCUGUUUGUUUAGAAGGUGUUGAGGUGGAGAAGAAUGAAGUUGGGUUUUCUCCUCCACCAGUCACCACGACAAACUGUGAAAUUGACUGUCUUACGAAUAAAGAUGAUGAUAAUUCCAGACAAAUAUCUUCUGGAGAGAUGAUGAGCACUGACAUCUGUUCACUAGGACCUGAACAUGCUGAGGUUCCUACUAAUGAAUCAGGUGAAGUACAUGUUCCCCAUUCUUCACCCAGGUGUGAUGAUGUGUCUGUGUCUGGUGCAUCUGCUAUAGAAGGCCAAUCUGUGGUAACUGUGGCUGUAAAGGAACACAAUGACCAAGUUUCUGCAGAUGAUGCUACUGAUGUUGAUCCUUCAGUGCAUGUUGGGGCUAGAGAACUUGUAAACAAGUCUUCUGAGCAUUCAACUAUUUCAGGAGAACGAUCUGAAUUCAUCCCUGAUGAGGUAGGCAAGAAUUGUGAUGAUGAUCCUGCUAAUUGCUCUGGCAAGGUUGAUUUGGAAGAUCCUUUUGAUGAUAGCUAUGACACUGAUGUUUCUCAGGAUGAUCGUGGUCAUCCAGUUGGCAUGGAGAAUGUGACUGAACUCGAUGCGGGUUAUGACUCUCAGAUUGAAGAUGGGGAGUUGAGAGAGUCAGUUGUCCAUGCUUGGGAGGAAAAUGAUGCUGAGGAUGGGGAAGCUGAACGUGUGGACUAUGAAUCAGAUAACCGAGAUAUGUAUGACUUUGAUGCUGUUGACUACCCUGGCCCCAUGACGGGGGAAGUUGAAGUGGGAUCAGAAUGUGAGAAAGAGAGACUUCUUGGGCCAAAUCAUCAUUUUGGUUGUGGUGAAACUACUAUCGACAAUGGUGUGAAAGGAAUCAGUGAUCAAUCUUGCUUAGGUGGUUCUCUGGCAAAUGAAGCAGAAUUCAGUAAUGGAGGGUUAGUGAAAACUUCAAAACCACAAUCAUGGACACAGUUUACUAGGAAAGUUGACACAAAUAUUAAAAGAGGAUCGAGUACUGGUACUAAUGAUGUGGCUGAAGAAGCUGAACAGCCUGCUGGAGGAGGUGCUUUGAAGGAACAAAGCCAGACAAAUGUUGCUCAAUAUGAUCAGUUGCCGAACGAUCGUGAAAUUUCUACUGAUAAGAAUGUGGAAGUGAAUGAUGGCAGAGCAAUUGGACCAAGGUCAACGAGGAGGGAGUUGCUGUCACGCAUUGAAGGACCAUCGUACGGUAUCUUACGCAGGAAGGAUGCUGUAAUUUUGCAGCGUAGCAGAUCCAACAACCUUGAUGAUUCAGACCCUCGAGCUGAAAGAGGAACCGAUUCUGACAAAUCCAUGGGAAGGAGCAGAUCUGCUUUGCAUAUUCACGGAAGAGGCCAGAGAGAUGGUAACUGGGAUCAACCUUCAACAGGUUAUUGGGAUUCGAAACGCCGUCAUUCACCUAGUUAUCAUGCCCCCUAUGGCUCAGGGCGCCCCAGACCAAGAAGUAUUGUUGAGACUGGUGGAUUUGUCAUGACCUCAGACAGGACAAUUUCAAAAGCGGGAGUUGGUGGACUUAAUGGCAUUCACAGGCAAUCGAUGAAUUCUUCCUCAAAAGGUGUGUAUCGCCCCCUAAUGAGGAGGAGAUCACCAUCUGACAGAGAUGAUGCUUAUGGGAUGCAUAUGGGAAUGGCACCUGGUAGAGAUGUUAGCCCUGAGAGAAGUAGGGGCAGAUCUAGAAGAUACCAAGGAGUUCAUAGAGGCCCUAGGGAGAACUAUCAUGGGUCCAUUCCCGAUGAAACUGCUGAAUUUCCUCUUCGUGUGCCUCAUCAUUUAGCAAGGAGAGAACGAAGCAUUUCUCCCAUUUUUAAUAGAGGAGCUCCUCAUUUUUCUGAAACCCACAAGAUAUCUCAGUCAAGAUCCAGAUCCCGUUCCCCUCCUGCUUGGCUGAUGUCAAGGGAACGGAAUGCUAGCUCAAGACACUUCAGUAGAUCUCCAGAUUUCAGGUCUGGGGCUCGAAUGGAGAGAAUGAGGUUGCCCUUCCAGAAGCCCAAUUUUGCAGAUGAUUAUGAAGAAGGUUUUCUGUCUCCACCAAGAGGUCGCAUCUCCCCACAGCAUAAUUCCAGAUGGAUUGAUGAUCGAAAUGGUGCAAUGGAUCAUUUCAGAGAUGGGAGAUCUCCAGUGAGAAUGUUCCAGCAGAGCCAACGUUUUGAUUCUAUGGGUCCCCCACGAAGAUUAAAGUCAAAUGAUUACUAUAGACCCAUGAUCCAUCCUGGAAGAUUACCUGAGAUGGUUGGUGCUGGUAGGGGACGUAAACAUGAUGACAGUGAUGAUGAUAGAAGAAAACAUGGUGAUAGAUAUGAGAUGAUUCGUCCAGUGCGGCGUUAUGAUACAGGUGGUGUUGUGAAGCGCUUCCGGUAUGAUACAGAAGAUUGCGUUUUGUCACGCAACCCUCAUAACAAUGAUGACUGCAUUAGGGGUACUGACAGAAGGCCUAGGGAUAUUCCAAGGAGACCAAGUGAAGAGAAACGUCAUUUAAGAUAUAAUCAUGAGAGGCUAUAUAAUUCGAGCCCCAAUUCAUUUGGAAUGCGAGAAUAUGAUGAGGAUGUAUCACCCAGAAGGGGAAGACCUGCAUGAACUUUCUGUCCAUGACUUUUUUCCCUCAUUGGGUGGGACUUGCCUGUAGCUAGGAGAUGUUACUCCUCUUAACCAUUUUCUCUUUUUUAUAGGGUAGUAUCUCUAUUCUGCCGUUCUUCUUGCUUGCAAUGCUUGUGGAAUCUAUUCUCACCAUUUUGAUUUUCCUUGGCAAGAUUUUUAUCCAGCCUGCUGUUGCUCCUAAUUCUUUAAUUAUGUUUUUUUCUGAUGGUAUUUUUCUUCUGGCCACUUUUGGCUGUUGUAACCUCUUUAUGAGGCCAUAAUGAUAGAAUGACCAAUGAAAAUUCGAUGUGUUUUGACUUGCUUUUAUUUAUAGUAAAUCUUAUUAUUCCUUGUC